AUGCGUAACACGGAAGAUGCUCCUCCUGGCGUUUCGACGCGCCGUAGAACUAGGCGGACCCGAUCCAUCGGCAAAGAAAAUUCGUGCGGUAAAACCUCUCAGGAUAUCGCUCUCGUGGCGGACGACCAGUCGACAAAGUCAUUUUCGCAAAAUGAAUUACUCAAGGAUGACUCUGGGAAACUCUUGUUAAGGUUUCACUCCGCUGCCGAAGAUAGUUGUUUUCGAGAUUACUGGGAACAAGAAACGUCUCUCGCAAAGGCUGUGGUCCAUGCUUCGUGGUCGCUUUCUCUCGGAAGGACAAUAGAUGGACUGAUUCUUUUGGACAGCAAGUCUACUGAGCUCCUUAACAUGAGUCGAAAGCUCAUUAAAGAGGCAACAGAAGCCAAGAAAUCCAAUCGGGUUGUAGGAAAUUUGUACGUCGCAACACACUUGUUGCGAGCGGUCGGGCCCCGACUGACGGAUGUGUCAAAACAAGAAGCAGCCAUCAAGGUUCUGUACCACGCAAUACACACUGCAGAAGCCUUAGGCAAUCUCUCUAAGGAAAGCUCUGUAAUUGUUGGUGAAUCGUUCGUAUGUGUCUUCGCCGCUUAUGAAGUUCUCGGGCACCUGCUGCAGCAAGUCUGCGUGCAGUCGGAUAAUGGGAUCUCCAUAGGUUUUACAUUCCAGCGUUCCGAAAACAAGGCUCAUUUCCGGUCUUUUCCUGUUCCCGAGAAGAGUAGAAGAUCCAAACUCAAGGUUAAACUGACGCUCCGAGAGAUUUCAUCGAUUGCUAUCCAGGCCACAAUAUUCGUCUCUCGUGUUUUGAGGAAGCUUAGCUUCGAAAAGGACAACGACAUAGAUCUGGCGUUUCAGGCCUGGGGCAGGCUUACCGUGGGACAAAUUCAGUCAGGUGAAAAACGUUUGAGAGCUGACAUAAUCAAGCUUUUUCAGAAUAUAGCAACGAGAUGGAUUUUUGCCGUUGGAUUGUACUCGGUGGGGUAUGAAACGGAAAUGCUAUCUCACUGCAAGAAGGCGCAUUUGGUUUUGUGGGAUGCGGCGAUGAUGAUAUCGGAGAACAAGGACGACGCGAAUGAGUGUUUAGAACUCCGAAAGCACGCGAUCAGAGUUUUGCUUCUCAACGGACGCCUUCGAGAGCUUCCUCAACGGGUGGGAAAAUACUUUAUCACUACGGUCUUUGACAGCGCCUGCUCGUACGCGUGGAAGUCGGCUGUCUCCUACGCAACUAAGCUAUCUAUGUCCUCUUUUCCCGUUGCGUCAGGCCACCCUCUACAUGACUUUUACAUGGAAGCUAGUUCGAUACUAGAUACGAUCGCCUCCAUCGAGUCUGCUGUUUACGGGGAAUAUUGCGCAUAUCGAGCUAUACAUAUCGGGCAAUUUCCAGUCAAGCCAUCCAUCGAGUGUGGCGAUUCGUGUCUCUUCACUAUUCUGUGCUAUCCGUGCUUCCAUGACACUACAUUUUGUUCUAGCGAAUCAAAUGAUUGCCCUGUCACGAUCUGGAUGGCACUGUUCUUCCUAGCCCUUCGAGUAAAGUCCGAACUGGAAGCUAUGAAAGCAACUGAAGACUUAACAUUGACAGAUGCGUUUUACAAAGGCGCUGGUACAGUCCUGGAAAUAUUUGAAAGCACCAUUUCCGUCGGACUGGCAUCUGUUUUCGUCUUCCCUCACCAAAUUUGGCUCAAAUUAUUUUCCAUGGUCGGCUUGCACAAGGCAGUGCAUGCCUUACUCGAUCGGUCAGAAGGAAUCUGCCUUCAUUCCUCGUUCCGACUCUUGAGGUUAGCCAGUGACAUUUUGGUCAAGUGCCUAGGCCCGCUUUGUCACCUCGUUGUUCGCAUGGAUACCGAUCCAGCAAGAGAGCCAAACAUUUUGGAACAUAGCGAUACUCUUAUUCUUUCUUUGGUGGAGAGAUUGUCCGACACAAAUCGAAGAAUAAAACCUCCAUCCUCAUGUAUUUAUAAAUUUGCAUCAUCGUUGAAGGUAUUUGGUCGCAAGCGAUUUGAGGUUGACAAGGACGCAGCCAUCCCAGUGCUCCUGGCUUCCAUUGAACUCAAGAUGCUACAGUGGCAUUCGAAGGAUUCGACCUGUGACAAGCUUCUCCUCUCCUCGACUUGGAGCUUUCUUGCCUCAAUUUACAAAUCUCUGAAUAGGAAUGACGAGGCAAUUGUCGCCACGGCUUCUGCUUUGCUUUUCGAGAUUUUACAGCGAGCCGAGAAUUGCUCUAUGCCCGGAAAUCAGCUGGUCGAGGAAGCUGCUAUUGAGCUCGCUCAUUUAACAGGUGGUGUUCUCUCAGCAUCCCUCGACUCCGGUUUGACUUUGUCGGAAGAAGGCAAAGCUUUGGCUGCGAGACUAGCUGUCAUGCUGUCUGAGCGCACUAACUCCAAAACUGCCACAAAGGUGGGUAAACCAAUAUUAGCCGUUUCUCCGGAGACCUCAUUGGAAAUGCUCAAGAAUGCCCAACAGAACGAAAUUGCUGUAGAGGACUCCUUCAUAGCCGUGUCGAAGGUUCCUUUUACGGCAAGUGCAGUGAUGGAACGCAUAAUUUCUGGUAAUGCCAAUCUGUUUGUGACAACAACCACCCGAUAUUGCGCUGUUUAUUUGACUUUGCAGGUGAUUGCAGAAGUCCUCAGUAAAAUUGGUGCAGUUAUCCAAAUGAAAGCUGCUGAGCGGACUACCUCUGGUGAACAUAUGCUCUGGGAAUAUGGGGAACUCGCCAGCCUGGCUAUCAAAACAGGGAGCGAACUCGUAGCUGAUUUAGAUUCUCCCGCGUUGCCAGUGAUCAGUGCAAUUCUGCACCUCAUAGCUUCGGUUUCUUUGGUUUCUUGUCACCAAUCGUUUGCCUCGGGAUCUGCAGUUUCGCAGCCCUCCAAGAGCAAGCAAAACAAAGACCCAGAGCUGCUGCUGUCCUCUUCGCGUUCUCACGCCAGAAUAUUCGCAGCACAGGCUCUUGAGUCGAUAAACACCUUCGAAAACCAGGUAGGUGAAUGGGCAGCUCUGUCCUUGGUCUUGCUACCAUCAAUGACUAUUCUUUGGGAGUCAAUGAAGGAUUCAUCGUGUGGCUGGCACGCUGCCGUUCUUGGCGGAAGUGAAAGUGCAUAUCGUAUGCUGAUUAAGGCUACUAUGGUCUUGAAAGUGUGCCCCAACCACUCACGAGUUAUAGAGAUGGCGAGAAGAUGUGUUUUGUCAACGCUAUCGCUCGUCGCCGCUUCAAUGGCCCUAUCCGGUGAAACUUUGAAGGCAUCGGAAAUAGCUUCGUGGGGCCUCACACUAUCGAUUGGGCAAGAUCCCUUUGCUUUUGCUUUUUUAGCAACUGAGUGCUUGACAGCACAGGCAGAAACUGGUAUCCUUCUGAACAGAAAAGUCUUUCCUGAAACGGCAGUAAAUAUGCCAGGCUUUGCUUUGGAAAAGAGAGCUUGUAGUGCAAGACUUGACUUGACUUCCAUUCGCAAAAGCAAGAAAGAGUUGAACUCAUCUCGAGCUAUGGAGACAAUGCUGUCUGAAGUGGAAACUGCCCUAAAGAACUCAUCAAACAUGCUUUCAAAUCAUGUUUUGCGCUGGACAAGAAGCACUAUCCUUCUUGGUCUCUCAGAAGCAGCAAAGUUCGAAGGACGCGUUGCCUUAUCGAUAAAAUACCUGCGUGAGUGUUUUCAGGAUUGUAAACAGCUCACUCAUACAGCAGCCCGAGACAGCCUUGGCAAGAGACAUUCAUCGUCCGUGCCUUUGCAAAACGAACCUUUCAUACGAAUUUUUUUCAUUCGAUGCCUUGAUCGUCAGCUGGAGUGUGUUAUUCGGCUGUAUUGGCUGUACGCCUCUCUCGGUGAGAUCCAAAAAGCGUCUGCUUACGCACGGACUGUUUUGGCAAUGAAGACAUCAUUUUUACCAGGAAACAGCUUCGCCCGAGAUCAAAGCGUAAAUCGACUUAUUGUGCACGCCGCAGUCACUGGGUCUCAUAGGGCCGUUGCAGAGCAACAAGUCCUACAGGCGUUCACUGACUGUGAGGGCACCACCAAAUCUAUGGAGGGGACAAGCUCCCUUUCUUUACGUAUUGAAAAGACACUCGAUGCACUUAAUGUGCACGAGCUGUUGGAUGAAAUCGGUUUCGGCUUUUCUUGUUCGGAGAUAAACGACUUGCAGCAUGUUGCUGCAAAAAGGUACACGAAGAUCAUCCGGGACCCAGAAAUUGAUCAGGUUAUACGAUCCAUUGGCUGCGAAAGGACAGAGCACGAACAUCUCCACCCUAAUAUCUUUUGCAAUCUCAAGCUCUCGCUCAUUCGUGACCUCCUUGUCGGCGGUGUUUUUCGAACUGACUUGCACAGAGUCAACGCAAGAGAUUUUGCCGCAAGUAUUCUUGAUUGCCCCGGGGCCCCGCCUGAUUGCCUCGCUCACGCUCACUAUUUCAGCGGUCUUGUCGAGCUCGAUGUGGCCCGUAGCUCGGGAGCUCUGCGUACAUUAUGGACUGGAUAUUCGAAUUUCGAUCCCAACAGUGGAGGCGCGGAAGCUUAUCUAGAGCACCUCGUACGAGCUCGGAACCACUUUGAAUGCGCGCUUCGAUAUAUUGGAAAGCGUGCGGAUCUUUUUUCUCGCCGGGUCUUGCGUAGUUUGGCGCUAAUUGCAGGUCCAGCAUGUUCUAUGUCAAGUAUAGCAACAAGUUCGCAUAAUUAUAUUGUGCGGUCUCUGGGGCGUUCCUGGCGCUUUCACUCUUCGAAAUUUGUUCCUACUGACUGUAAGGUGGAUGGUGGUGGCUGUGAUAGUGACAGUUCGCAAAAUGCUUUUAAGCUUUUCGACUCUGACAAAUCAGUGGACGUGAAUUCGUUUUACGAAGAGCUGCAGGAGAUCCUUCCGUCCUCGUGGAACGUUAUUUCGGCUGUCUUGUGCCCCUCCGGUGAAAUGCUGAUAUCGACAAUUCAGAAAGCAAAGUCUGACGAAUUGACAAUUAAAGCUUUUUGCGUCUUUCCUGAGCCUGAAAGUGAGAAAGCUCAGCCCUUAGCGCUGUUUGAUAUUUUGCUGAAACCCUUCGACCGUAUCAUGCAACGGAACCAAGAUCAAUUAGACGGAGGCAGCCCCGGAAGCAAAGAGUUUGACUUAACAGAGAAGGAGAGAAAGAAAGGAUGGUGGAAGGACCGAGAAGAACUUGAUACCGAUUUGCUGCAUCUAUUGCAGUCUGUCGAUAGAAAAACCUUCGGAUCUGAUUUUAUCCAAAGCUUUUUUACUAACAAUCGCGGAAACACCUCAAGCUAUGUUGGAAGCCUUGCCAGUCGCUUCGACGCCGUAAGCGACGACAAGGAUCAGAUAUCGGCCGAAGCAAAAAAAGGUGUUCCAUUCGGAAUGUCGACUCUGAAUGAAUGUACCUUCCUGGUACUGGACGAGAAUCUACAGAGAUUUCCUUUUGAAGGUUUGCCCUCCUUUGAAAAUACACCCGUCUCUCGCCUUCCCUGCAUUUCAUUCUUGUAUUUCAGCCUCAAAGCCACAAAAAGAGCGCUCGAUUUACAACGAGUAAACUACGUUGUCGAUCCUGAGUCCAAUCUGCCGGGAACGCGACAACGAAUUAUGCCUAUUCUUGAUUCUCUAAGUCAAGAAAACGAUAGAGAAUGGGACGGUAUCGUUGGGUGCGAGCCAAGUUCCCUCUUUUUCCAAAAAUCCCUGUCGAUGGACUCUAGUCUGUUCCUUUAUUUUGGACACGGGGGAGCGGAAAAGUAUUUCUCCUCUAAGGAAAUCUUUCAAUUUGGCGUAGACAAAUGGAAGACUCAUGAAAAUAUCGGGGCUUCUAUAGUGCUGAUGGGAUGCAGCAGCGGUCGUCUCAGUUCUGCCAAUCAGAAAGGGACAAAGCAUACAGACGACAUACCUUUUUUCUUCGAGCCAGGUGGAGUAGCAAUAUCAUAUCUUGCCGCCGGGGCACCUUGUGUCGUCGGAAAUUUAUGGGAUGUGACAGAUCGAGACAUCGAUCGCUUUUCAACAGACUUGAUAGGAACUCUGUUCAAAGGACCAGGAAGUCCUUCGCUUGUGAGCUGUGUCUGUAGUUCUAGGGCAGCGUGUCGCAUGCAGCACAUAGUCGGUUGUGCUCCAGUAUGCUACGGAAUUCCAGUGCCUGUCCUAGAACAUACUGAUUUGAGGGAUCAUUUACGAUAA